GCCACUUUGAUUAAUCACCGUUUCCACAUCGCCACUGGUUGAACAAUAUCUACUAGAACUGUUCGAAACGACAACAUGAACAAUGAAAUGUACAUAAGAGACAUCAUUUCUAACAUAGUCCUUACCUCAAAUCUGGGACAAUAUUUCUCAAGAAAUGAUUGACAACUUAUGAGCUGAUCCUACAUGAUAUUGAACCGUUUUUCAGACCUUUGGCCAUGGGACGAUAAGAAUAACGAAUCGGCCCCAGAAAGGUUUAUUCAACGUUCUUCGACGAUUGCCACUAUGAGGACGCGUCGUUUGGUGGGAGAGUCGGCGUCGCCGAACUGCCGCUCAAUCAACUGGCGUGAAGAGUGGUGCGGGCGUCGUGACGAAGAUGACUCUGCCCGCUGCGCUGCCGCCGGUGGCGCGUCGCGCCGAUAGACCACCCGCACAGCGUCGCAAUCGGACGCAGUGUCUGAGCGCCGCGUGGGCCGACGUCCAGCCGUCGGUGGCGGCGCAGUCACGAAGGGAACGACGCCGUGCCGUCUGCUCCUGGUCGGUCGGUUACGGCACACUGCACGAGCUGGACGAGUGGCGGGCGGCAGCCGCCGUCGCCGCCGUCAACGAACAGGUCCGCAACAAAGGAAAGGUGGCCGCCGUCUCCGACAACGGUAAUCGCAAUCGUCUCGUCACAUCACCAACUAUAGCUCUGCCCCAUGAAUCACCCCAGGCGGCGUCUCGUCGUCGGGGAACGGAGCGACUCGGCGGCGGUGCGAGGACGCGCGUCGACUUCCUAGGUAUGCCGGGCAUCAAGUCGAUACUGAACAGGAGGCGGAACAGCGGUGAGGGCGCCGACGGCGACACCACAAGCUCGCCGCUGGUCAAGACGCCCAAGGGUGGCGGCGACGGUCUCAAGGCCGCCUCCAGUCUGGCCAGUCUCAGGAAAUGCGAGACCGUUUUGGCCCUCACCAGUGUUCUAAGGUCCUCAUCAUCAUCGUCGAGCAUCGAGCCGUUGCAGGCCACGAAUCGAUUGCGAGCGUCGCCACCGGCGUCGCGAAUGUGCUCCCGAUGUUCCAGCCUCCUGACGUUGGCUUCCGCCUCUAGAUACUCGUUGAAUUCGAGCGCUGGAUUCGUACAAGUCGGCAAUGUCCCUACACAACAACAGCAGCAGCUGCAGCUGUGCAAGCUGUGUCUCGCCGAGGUGCCGACGCAACAGGUCGUCCACAUCGGACAAUGCAACUGUUCGUUUUGUAUUGAGUGCAUGAAAGCGUACGUGCAGUUCGAAAUAGCGGAAGGGGCGUACGACAUUUCGUGUCCGGACGCGCAGUGUCCCUCGCAGGGCGUGUUGCAACAAGACGAGAUUAAAAGACUGGUCGGAAACGAGCUCGCCGGCAAACACCUCAAGUACAGAAUCAACAGAGAGGUGGAACUGGACAAGACGAGGACGUGGUGUCCGCGUGCCGGUUGCGAGACGGUGUGCACGCUGUGCCCCACGCAGAAAUGCCUACCCCAGAGCGUCUACUGUCCCACCUGUUCGACUGACUUCUGCAGCAACUGCAAACGCGAAUGGCACGAGGGUCUGAGCUGCGAAGAACACGCCGUCCGUCUGGCCAAGGAUGGGAAGGAGGAGCAGGGCAUUCCGUUUGACGGCGACCUUAUAAAGUGCUGUCCCAUGUGCAAGGUGCCGAUCGAAAAGGACGAAGGUUGUGCGCAGAUGAUGUGCAAGCGGUGCAAGCACGUUUUUUGUUGGUAUUGCUUGGCUAGUCUUGACGAUGAUUUUCUAUUGCGACAUUACGACAAAGGUCCCUGCAAGAACAAGUUGGGUCACUCGCGGGCGUCGGUCAUCUGGCACCGCACCCAGGUCAUCGGUAUCUUCGCCGGUUUCGGGAUCCUGCUGCUGGUUGCGUCGCCGCUGUUGCUACUCGCCGCUCCCUGCAUAGUGUGCUGCAAGUGUCGCGUUUGCAACGUAGGAACGACCAAAUUGGACAACGAGGAGGACCAGGUGCCGGGCGAGGAGUCCUGAGUGCUAAAACUGAGGCGCAUGCUCAUGGGAUCGGGUUGGGGCUACGAGUGACGAGUGACAAUCACGGUGUGUGCUCGUUACGGUCUAAGUCUUGUGAUAUAUGAACGACGAAAGUGGGGGACGGAAAUAAUGCAUAAAACAUCGCCGACUUGUAUUUGUUAAAUAAUAAAUGAGAAAAACGACGAAAUUGAACUUUAUUUUGUAUGUUGUUGUCGAUUGCGUGUUAUUUCCGUUUUCUGUACAAAACAUAUACGUACGGCCUGACCUGAUUGCAAGAGAAUGGGUUACACAUCACCGAUUAAGAGUUUUUGAACAUGGACGGAAACUGUGAUAGAACUGUGAUUACUGAGAAUAUAACCAACCGUCUGUGUCUUGAACUCGUGUGCAUAUUUAUAUUUUACUAUACAUAUUUUUUGUUUGGCCUAAGAUUUAGAGUUUAUGUAUUUAUUUUACAAUUUCUUUUUGGGUAAAGAACGGUUUAACAUAAUCACCUUGGAUAUUAGGAAUGUCUGUCUGUCUGGAAAAGAAUUAACCAACCUGUUGUGCAUCCGCUUUUAGUAUAUAUCUAUUUACAAGCUGAUAACAACAAAAACAAAAAUAAGUCACUUGUAGCAUAUGUGCAAUAACAAAGGGCCAUUUCUACAAUAUUGUUACAGGUUAAACAACUAAAAUAAUAUUAUGUUGUACAUGUAGAUACAUGUUCAUUGUUGUUAAGUUUAAAUCAUUUUAUUGAGUUUUACGUUAUGUUACUAAAACCUUCAAAUUAUUUUUCUCAUUGUUAUUUGUUGGACCUAAAAUUGUACUAAAGAAAAUUAUUUUUAGGUUUUACAUAUUGAGAAAAGUUUGACCAAGUACAAGUAUAUUUUUAACAAAUUUAAAACAAUUUCAACAAGGCAGUAGACUAAAUUUACAGUUUCAAAUUCUAACUUCCAAAAAACUUCAAUAAUUAUACACUACUACGUGUUAAAAAUAAUGCUUUACUUUCAACGUAAUUUAUUUACAGUAAAAAAUUUCAUCUCUUAUUUAAAAAAUAAAAUUGAUUUAAUUCCUGUAUAAAAUCUUCCAAAAUUGUGUAUAAUUUUUGAAGUUAUGCCAUAAUGGUUUUAUUUGAUAAACUAUUUUGUAAUUCUACUUUUGAAACAAUUGUUAAAUUUUGAAAGUCUACAUGUGUGUAGCCUAUUUUUGGAGAUAUUGUAAAGUUACAUUUUAGACACGUUUAUUUAGCCAUGUCUCCAAUUAUAAAUAUUACUGUUGUAAAGAUGUAUAUAUUGUUAUAACUGAUAGAUUUAAUUAGGUACCAUGUACUUAAAUUCAUAAUAAAAGCGUUAAAAUUUU